CUCUUCCCUUCCUCUCCUCCUCCAAAUUCCUUCCUAUUUCUUCUCAUGACUGUCCCAGCUUACCUCCAAUCGCUAAACAAUCACAUCCGUUCAUCAUCAUCAUCAUCAUCAUGCGGUCGCCGCAGGGUUUCCGCAACGGCGACACACCUUCCCCGCACCACCGGAAUCCCGCCCCUCACUUCCACAACACCGUCACGCUCCGUAAACUCAGAAGAUUCAACUCGCUGAUUCUCGUCUUCCGAGUCACCGCCUUCACUUUCUCACUUGCUUCCUCCGUCUUCAUGGUCACCAACUCCCGCGGCUCCGAUUCCCCUCACUGGUUCGAUUUCGACGCUUUCAGAUUCGUUUUCGCGGCGAACGCAAUCGUGGCUUUGUAUUCGCUGUUCUAAAUGGGCGUUUCCGUCUGGGAGAUCUCCACCGGCGCCACCCUCUUCCCUGAAAUCCUUCAAGUCUGGUUCGACUUCGGCCACGAUCAGGUUUCCUUCUUUAUCAUUAAUCGAAAUUCCUGAACUUCAACACUUUGGUCAAAUUACA